CGCAUCUCGGUUUGAGCAUACAAACAAGUGUUGUGAUUAAAGAGUUACAAUGUUGUCCAAAAGUUCAUUAUUAAUUUUGGCCUUAUUGGUCGCAAUCAGUGUUGCAUCUUGGUUACCACAAACACAAAAUUCUUACUAUCGUCCAGCACCAUAUGCUGUUGGUGGUUGUCUUGGUAAUUCAUCAAAUAAAUCACAUCAUUUGAUUGCUGGUAGUCGAUUACCUGGUGAUCGUUUGACUCUUCAGCAGUCUAUUGUCAAGACUUCAUCAUGGGCUCAAAUAACUAGUAUUGAAAAAAACUUCAACGUUAGUAGAUACGAAAGAAUAACUCAAGUUUUAGCUUGUGAUCAAAAAACUAAUGGAAAUGGUGCAUAUCCUUCAAUUAUCAAGGGUGGUCCUGGUGGCAGCAAUGUCACAAUUAAAUUCAAAAGUCAAAGAGGUCAUGGCAUCAACUUUGUCGUCUUAAUUUACUCUAGAAAUUAAAAAAAAAUAUUUUUAUAAUAAAAAUUUGAUAAAAAUCAUCAAAUUUUGGAAAAUUUAAAUAUUAAAUUUAUGCAAAUUUAAAAGAGAAAAAAAAAAUAAUUAAAUUGUGUAUUUUAAUGGGCAAAUAUUGCAAUAUUUAUUUCUUUAUUUUUUCAAAUGUGAAAAUUAUUUUUAUUUAAUUGGCAAAUAUUAACAAGUGUUUUUUUUUUUUUUUUUUUUUUUUGAAUAAAUAUUAUCUGAUAUCUUAUUUUAUCUUAUUUUUUUUGUUGUUCAAAUAUAUCAAUUCAGUUACUGCAAAUAUAACAUAUAAAAAAAAAAAAAAAAACUGAAAAAAAUUCUACUUUUAUUAUUAGUUGAGUAAUUGUUUUAUUUAUAUUGAUAUCAAACUGUUUAUAAACUAAAGUGUAUUUUUAUACUAGAAAAAAAAAAUCAACAAACGUCAUCGAAUAAAUUAUUAAUUUUUGGUCUAUAUAUUGCAACUUGAAAUAUACCUUGUAGUGUUGAUAAUAUCUUCUAGCUAAAGGGCGUUUCUUUUAGUUCGAAUUUUAUUUAUAGAAUGUUGUAAUAUAGCCAGGUUUUUUAUUUAACUCUUGUAUAAAAUCAAUGGGUUAACGUCAAACAGUUAUGGCAGUAUUUUUAUUUAAAAAUAAAAUAAAAAAACAACUAAAGUUUUCAUUUAAAAAUAAACACAAUUCUAAAAUAAAAAAAAUUAAUUAAUUAAUUAAACAGGUCAGCGUCUAGGGCAUUCUAUAAAUGAACAAUAUUGAUUUGUAUUUUUACAAAAAUAAAACAUUGUUAUAUUUUCAACUACUACAUAAUAAUUUAAUAAAAAAUUAUUGCAUGAAAAUUUUUUUAAAAAUAAAACAAAAAGAUAAAAAAAUAAAAAAUCAAUUGACUACAGAGAAUUGUAAGAAUGUCAUUAACUUGGUAACUUGUUAUUUUGUGAAAAUUCUUGAAUAAUUGAAGAUUGGAAAAUCUUGGGUGGGAAAAAUUAAUACAUAAAUCGUUGGUUCGCGCGAACAUGAUGGUACGAACUGUGAAAACUUGGUUCUGUCUAUAUAACGAAAAAGUUUAUCUUCUCGACGAUUGGGUAACUCUGUCUUCUCUCGGGGCGCGUACUUUUCUCGUUCCACAUUUUCAUCUUUAUUUGGACUCUAUUCUACCGAAUUGUCGGGAGGUGGGUGGUAAACGGAAGAACUGAAGAAGAUUGGGUUCCACGAUGGCAGUGCAAGCAAGGGCCAAGUGAAAAAUAAUAAUAAUAAUAAUAAUAAUAAAAAAAAAAAAAAAAACUUCCACCUACCCAGUCACCCAUUUUAUUUAUUUUUUUUAUUAUUAUUAUUUUUUUUUUCUUUUGUCAAAAUUUAGUAGAUGAGAGAAAACUAGGUCAACGUCAUACUGUUCUGAAAAAGUUGAUUGUUCAUUGCUCGAU